ACAACAUCUGCUACCACAGUACCAAGCUCAGGGAGGUGAUGGUCAGAGACUUGCUACCUUCGUCGGCCAUGAUCAAAGACUUGAGCCAAGAGUUUGGGCUUCCCAUUGCUCCACAGGACCUCAUGGAUCAGAAGCCACCUACCAUGUCCCCUCAGCCUGUCCCCAAUCUUGAAGGAUCCCAAAGGCAGGUCUCCACCCUCAAUGCCAAGAUCCUUGCCCACCAGGAGAAGUACCUGCAGUGGCGGAACAACAUGCUCCUGGCGACGAGAGAGAAGCACCUGAUCCAGAAAAACAUCCUGAAGGCCUUCCAGGCCACCAAGAGGCCUCCUGUCCCCAAGGCCAAGAUGAUGCGAAUCUCGACUCUGCUGGACAAGGGUGUCCACAACUACAGUGUCAUGACCUUCAACUCCGCCGUGCUUGCCAAGAAGGAACUGUACCAAGAGAUGGCCAAGGAGCAAGGGAGGAGGUUCACGUACUCACAGAACUACCUGUCCGCCAUUGUGGAGCCUCAGGACUCGCAGGAAGAGAAGAAGCAAGCCCAGGAGAAAUCCCGCCAGGCCUGGCUCACGGUCACUGGGUUCCAAGUGACAGGUGUCCAUGGUGACAUCCUCCAUCAGGAUUUCCCACUGCCAGCCAUCGGGGAGUUCCAUGAGGAGUGGCAGGAACACGAGGUGCUCAAUCGCCUGCUGUACCCCAUGUUGGAUCGGGGCCGGUGGAGCUGGGACCGGCGCCACCUGGACUUUGAGCUGUACAAGAGGCCACCGCCUUUCCUGGAGGUGCCCCCUCCUCCCACCCGGAAGCCCGCUGCAGGUAACUGGGGAGACCGUGCCCAGCUGGUAGGCAGGCGGGGGGGACCCUGGCCCUUGGUCGCAUCUUGAGCACCAUCUGUUUGGUUCCAGGUGUCCACCUAGAGUUCCCAGGCUAGGCCUCCUGGUACAGAAGGGUCUCAGGCUAUCCCAAGGGCUGGAACUCAGCUGUGGAUUCCAGACCCAGGUGUGACACCAAAUGUGAGGUAAAGCCCCCCUGCUUUCCAGUGUCCCCCCAGCUCCCAGAUGCUGCUGGACCUCCCUCUGUGGGGAAGAGAGGGAAAGAGCAGGGGACUCGCUCCACCAGUCUCCCCAAGUCCUUCA